CUUUGGCCUUCCCUCUGAUCCAUCGGAAUCAGCCACUAUGACCGAGCCCCAACGCCAACAACAGACGGAAGCGGAACUCCUCUCCUACGUCCAAGCAUUCUGGGCCAGGCAAAGAGACACUAGCCCCCUCUAUAGCCUGCUCAUUCCCGACCUGACCAUCAUCUCCGCCACACGGGGCCGUGUCCUCGCACAAAUGCGCGUCGCGAAGCAGCAGCUGAACUCGAAGGGUACGCUGCAUGGAACGACGUCUGCGUGUCUGUUGGACUGGGGAGGUGGGAUCGCGAUCGCGUCGCAUGGUGUGGAAAAGACGGGCGUGACGACGGACUUGCACGUCUCCUGCCUUGCACCGGCGAAGGAGGGCGAUCUGCUCGAAAUCGAGUGCAUCGCAGAGAAGGUGGGACGGUCGGUGGCGUACACGACGGUCACGGUCAGAAAGGUCAUCGAAGGAGGCGACAGCAUCAUCGUCAGCUCGGGGAGGCAUACAAAGUUCUUGUAAGGCAGAAUCUCAAUCAUUGUUGCUGCCCACCACGGUGAAGAUCAGCGUACGCAUAGCUUGUAGACACUAUAGAAAGAAUGUAUGCCCCACAAACUACCCCAAUCGCCCGCACUGUCCUCGCGAUGGCAGGAGUCCCCACGUGAAGCGCGUAUUAUGACUGUAUCUGUUACGCUUGUUUUCUGUAGCCAACCCCCCUGUCCAGGAUACGACCACGACGCCCCAGGGAACCGCAGAGCGCUCCACCGUAGACACAUCGCUCCGGGCCCUCGUCUACUCAGUAGCAUUGACCAAAAGUCGCUGAGCAAACGAGGGCGCGG